UGGAUCAAACAGUGGCAAUCCUUUGGCAUCUCAGAUACCACCGAUGCAUCACUUAUCUCAUAGCCAGCUGGAUAGGAGCUUAAUUUUUAUUGGAGAAUCGUCUAUACGUGAAGGAACUUCAGACAAUGGAAUAUGUAAUAAUAUAGGAAAUAAUAAAAGAAAGAAGACGUCCAAGAAAAUAAAAACUUUCAAUUCUAAUGAAGUUGCACUGACAACAUUUAAAUCACCUAAUCAUUUAAAUUCUCCAAUGCCUGAGUCCCUUGGACGUGUAAAUAUAUCAACCCUUGAAUCAACCAAACUUUUAAACACACCCAAUCGUUUAAAUUCGACAGCAUUUUUACCUAGAAAUUUACUUAUAUCGUCGCAAAAACAACCUAAACAAUUGAGUGAGAAAGCUGCAGGAAAAUUAAUAGUUGAUCCCGUGGAGAGUUUAAAUAUUUCAGUGAGAGAGCAGAAAGAAAAUAAUGAAACAGCAGAAGAAUGGAAGCAAAAAUCGGCGACAGAAAAUUUAAGAACUGAUCUUGAGAUCAUUCCUCCCAUUGGGGUUUCACUUUUUGCAAAAUUGGCUACGGGAUAUGUUAAAUAUCGGCCUCAAUGGGAGAUGUUCGAAUAUUUAGGAGACAGUGUACUCGAGCACUGCCUCCUAAAAAUUGCAAAAGGAAACUAUCUCAUUAAUUAUUCAGUAGAGGCAAUCGAGUUAGGUGUAAUGGUAAUGGCUACCAAUGAAGUUUUGGCAGCCUAUUCCAUUACAAUGGGUUUGCAUAAGCUUAAUGGUAUGGAAUUUUUAGAAAUUAAAAAGCUUCACGCAGACGCAUUUGAAGCCUAUAUCGGUAUGUACUAUAUUGCUUGUGGGGAGCAAGCAACAUGUAAUUAUUUAGAAAAAUUGAUGUCCCCAUUAUUUGAUGCUAUUAUGCAGGAAGCGGAAUCAAAUAAAGAUGUAUAUCAUUUCUAUGGCAUCUACAUAUUUUUCAAUGCCAUGAAUCUGUGA